AUGUCGGCAACAUCUGAUGAAACGGUAUCUAUUCCAUCUCUAAUACCAAAUAAUACGACUUCACCUCAUGCAAAUGGUAAUACUGUUCCAACCACAUCAGCUGACACAACAGCUUCUUUUAAUUGGGGUAGUUAUUUAAAAACAACUGAUUCACAUGCAGCACCAGUCAGUUAUUUUCCUCAUACACCAUUAUAUGAUAUGUGGACACAGUUAACACCUGGAAUGAAACUUGAAGUAAUUAAUACAGAUUGUGGUAGUAAUGCAAAUGAUAUAAAAGAAAAAGUUUUUUGGUUUGCAUCUAUUGUUCGUGUCGAAGGUUAUUUAGCAUUAUUACGUUAUGAAGGUUGUGGUGAUGAUCCAUCAAUGGAUUUUUGGUGUAAUUUAUGUAAUAAAGAUGUUCAUUGUGUUGGUUGGUGUGGACAAAAUGGUGUUAAAUUAGCACCACCAAGAAGUAUUGAACAUCGACAAACUGAUUGGAAAACUUUUUUAAUCAAUAAACUUGUCGGAUCAAAAACAUUACCAGAUAAUUUUCGUCAGAAAAUACAAUUAUCACUUCGUUGUCCAUUUAAAAAGAAUAUGAUUGUUGAAGUUAUUGAUAAAUAUCGUGUAUCAACAAUGCGUAUUGGAAAAAUAUCUGAAGUUAUUGGUGGUCGAUUAAGAAUUAAUUAUGAAAAUACUGCAGGCGAACAUUUUUGGGUACAUCAUACAUCUGAAUUAAUUCAUCCUCUAGGUUGGUCGCAAGUGAUUGGACAUGAAUUAGAAGCUACUGCAGAAUAUAAGAAUGAAAUAACAAAAAUGAUUGAAACAGAUUCAUAUCCAGCAAAUGUUCCAACAGCAGAUUAUUUUUAUAAAGUUGAAAUACCAGUAUCAGAUGAAGAACAAUUUAAAGAAGGUCAAAAAUUAGAAGCAGUUGAUCCAUUAGAAAUGUCUCGUAUUUGUCCAGCAACAGUUGUAAAAGUAUUCAAAGAUGGUUAUUUUAUGUUAUCAAUUGAUGGAUCAAAUGUUGAAGAUGGUUCUGAUUGGUUUUGUUAUCAUACAAGUUCACGUCUUAUAUUUCCAAUAAAUUUUUGCAAAUUAAAUAAAAUUCCAUUAUCACCACCAAUUCGUUAUCAUGGUGAAUUUCAAUGGGAUAAAUAUUUACUUGAAACUAAUUCAGUUUAUGCACCAAAAGAUCUUUUUCAAAUUAUUAAAAAAAAAACUAUAAAUCUAUUUUCUGUUGGCAUGAAAAUAGAAGCUGUUGAUAUGAUGGCACCACAUUUAGUAUGCGUAGCUACAAUUGCAGAAAUAGCUGAUAGUCUUAUUCGUGUUCAUUUUGAUGGUUGGGGUGAAGAUUUUGAACAAUGGAUUGAUUGUCAAUCACCAAAUAUUUAUCCAAUUGGUUGGUGUGAACUUGUUGGUUAUAAAUUAGAACCACCAAAACAACCUGAACAAGAUAAUUCAGAAUCAACUAAAACUCGUACAAAAAAAUCGAAUAGUCGAAAAUCAAAUAAACGAAAACGACUUAGUUAA